CAUUCUGAUCAGUUGAAUCAUCACUUCCCGUACAGAGUGCAGUUUUUUGGCAUAGCAGUAAUGUAAUUUUGCUGCCUUUUUCCCACUUGUUAUUAAGUCUGUGCCAGUACAAGCUGCUCACCAAGGCUGUCCUUUUAUGAGAAUACGACAGAAGGUGGUCUACCCCUCUCCAUUCGACUGUAAACCAAUGGAGGGCGUCUGAGAGCUACUCUUUGCUGUUUCACUCAGGAGUGAAAGAGAAGCAGGGAGUGCAGAGAUGGCUCUCAGAAAAGGAUCUUCUGUUGCCCUCUCCGGGUGGCCAUCUGAAGUGCAGAUGAACCCAGCUUAUGUCCCUGGCCUGGAGGUAAAGCUGGGAGCACUGGUUGUUCUUUUCUCCAUCACACUGGUCUGUGGCUUCGCCCCUUUGUGCUUAGUCAGGGGGGCAGGGAGGUGCAAUGUAGACCCAGAAACUCGUCACAAGGUAGUGAGCUUGGUGAGCUGCUUCGCUGGAGGAGUGUUCUUUGCUACUUGCCUUCUGGACCUGGUGCCUGACUACCUAUCUGGGAUCAAUGAAGCAUUUAGUAGCCUGGGCAUCACACUUCAGUUCCCUCUACCUGAGUUUAUCAUAGCCAUGGGAUUCUUCUUGGUCCUGGUGCUGGAGCAAAUAGUCUUGGCCCUCAGAGACCGAUCGGCGGGCCACUCUGAAGAAAGACGCGCACUAUUGGUGGACUCCAGCGUCCAAUCACAUGACAGAGAUGGCCGUAGACACUCCCAUGGUAGGGAGGAAUUAGGGGGAGAGGAUGCCCACUUCCAUGUGGACUUUAACUCCACCUCGGCCAUCCGGGCCUUCAUUCUAGUAUUUUCCUUAUCUCUGCACUCAGUGUUCGAGGGUCUGGCUGUGGGGUUACAGGAGGACAGUCAAGAGGUGCUGGAGAUCUGUGUUGCUCUACUCCUCCACAAGAGCAUCAUCUCUUUCAGUCUAGCCCUAAAGCUGGCCCAGGGCAAGCUGCGGCGGGCAGCCGUGGUAGGUUGCCUCCUGCUCUUUGCCAUCAUGUCCCCAAUGGGCAUUGGGCUGGGCAUUGCCCUCACUGAGACCAAGUCAUCCCCCCAGCACCAGCUGGCCAGGUCCACCUUAGAAGGCCUGGCGUCUGGCACCUUUAUGUAUAUCACCUUCAUGGAGAUCCUGCCCCAUGAGCUAAGCUCCCCACAGAACCGCAUCCCCAAGGUGGCCAUGAUUCUCACUGGGUUCGCAGUGGUCACUGGAAUGCUGUUCAUCAAAAUGUAAAUAUUCUGUAGAUCAAUUCUUUGGGUCUGAUUCGAUCAAAAACAAAUUUCCUCUUGCGCCGUGAGAAUGCAAUUUGGACUGAUAAGCAUUAAACAAUGUUUACAGUAUGAGACCAAAAGAUACUCAAGCGUGUCAUUAAUUCAAACAAGUUUUCUUGAGGUGCAGGGAGAAUGCUGGUUUGCCUUAUACUGGAAACUUGAUUCUUUUAGUUUUAAUAUGUAGAUGAAUGUUAUUCAGAUUUAAAAAAGGAUAUAUGCUAAUCCUGCCAUGCUUUGAAAUUAACAUCAUAUAACGUUUUCUAUUUUAGAUAUGAGAAUUUGAAUGUAUCUAUAUUUUUUUAUAUAAACAAUGACAUACUUCACAAACGGCUUUCUGUAUACCGUGAUGUGGUCAAAAUGACCUGAUUUAAAAAGGUAAUAUGAGCAUUAUAAAACUCCUGGUUUGAUAUUAUAGCAUACCUAAUGUUUUGCUAGCUGUGAAAUCUGACUAGCUGUGUCCUGAAUUGUAAACAUAUUUGUUUGUUCAGUAGUAUGACUGCCUAGCCCCUAAAAUAACAUAAGAGCAUAUAUAGCUGGCUACUACUUUAAAUGCUUAAAAAGAUACAUGGAGUGGUUGCUCUUUGUCAGGCCCUUAUUUCACUGCCAUGUGGUGAGAGCUUUGAAUUAGUCCUCUAUUAUCUUGUAAAACUUGAGUUUGAAUAAUUGAAAUGGCUGCUCUUGUUUUUAUGUUCACUUUUAUAUCAGCACUUGUUUAUCUGUGCCUGAUUUACUGAUUUAAAAGUAAUCUGAAAUGAUUUAACAUGUUUCCUAGUUCUUUUUCACCUGGAGAGCAAUAGGAUUAGUGAUGAGUAUGAUAGUGACCAGACAGCCAGUCUGGCAGUGUAUUUUACUACUGAAUAAUCUGGUUUAUAUGCAGCCUUUUUAUUUUGAGAAAACCAACCAAUACAAUAGUUGUAUUUUUGUAUUUAAAAAAAAUCAAUAUCCAUUACGCAGUACUGUAAUUUCUGUGUUGACCUAGCCUUACAUAAAAAAUUAAAUAAACUACAUGCCCCAGA